UUGGUCGCCGUCUGUCGGCCAACAGACCAUCCAGAUUCCGUUUCCGUCAGGGUCAGUCUCUGGUUAUACUCAGUCGAUGCUUGGUAAUCGUUAGAUAACACCACCAAUCCCUUGACUUUAUGGCGUUGCUAUUCAUUUAAAGGCCGGACGUUUCCGAAUGUAACCGCGUUCGUGGAUUUUAUCGUCCGUUCUUCUUCGUGUUGCCAUCUGUCAUCGAAGGAGAAUUGACAGUUCUCGAUCUCGGAGUUUUUAGUAUUUCCAAAGGCAUAAAAGGUGCUUACGAGAUGGCUUCCACCCUGAUGAUGGGGUUCAAACCACUAGAGUGUGGCACUUGCUGUAAUCCUUUCAGUAAAUAUUACUGUCCUAGGAUUCUCCCGUGCUCACACACGUUUUGCAGCCGCUGCAUCGAUCAUGUCAUCUCCAACCAGAAGAAAUGUUGCCCAGUGUGCAAGGAGCCCUUCUUAGCCAAGUCAGCAGCAGAAGUAACUAUUAACAGAAACCUCCUUGAUGUCGCAGAACAACUUUCAUCCACACAGGAGAAUGACAUCCAAAGACAACAUCAGUUCUUGAAAAGUGACACCAAAAGAGAGAUAUAUGUUGUGAAGACAUUCAGGGGAAAACAGAAGUUUGCUCCUGUCAGAAUUUGUGAUGUCAAACAGCAGAUCUGUGUGGAUUUUCUUCAGGAGGGAGAACUCCCACAAAAAAGCUGUAUCUUGAAGCUCGACUCCUUGAUUAAAGUGUCUUCCCGGAGGUCAUUCCUGGAACUGGCCUAUGGAAACACCUACAUAGGGAGGAUCUCAUUCAAAAUCUUGGACGACGGCAACAAACCGCUGAAUUUUAUGCACAUGUUCUCGGCUGAUAUGGGACCCUCUUACUUCAACUCUCACAUCUUGGAAGUGCGCCAGAAGGGCACGGCAGGUGAAAACGUCAGAUUUGGAGAGUACAAUUUGCCUGAAGGCAAAUCGUGUCAGGCCGUGUUGUCGGGGGUGAACUGGAAGAGGGAGGGUAGGAGGGACAUCUACAAGGAGAGACUGUGGAAGGCAGGCCAGGUCAGGGGAGACAUGACUUUCAAGUGUGCCUCACUGUUUUGGAUUGUCACCAAAGAUGGCGAUGUCCCCAAGGAUAAGGGAUUCAAUGAUUGCUUUGGUAUAGUGGAGGAUGGACUCGAAAUACUAAAAGAAGUCAUCCUGCGCUAUCCAGACAUUCAGAAUGUCAGGAUAUCGAAUUGUGGCCUCUUAUUUGCCAUGUGACUUUCUCCUACCAAAUGAAAUGUUGAUAGGCCUACAACAACAUAAUGAGUCUCGUAUGGAUAUCAAUGUCUUGUAUACGAACCAGUUGUGCCUGACAAAAGAAUUCCUAAUUGACAUUUUUAGCUUCAUUCCAUGUGUUUGUUUACCUUCUUAUAUUUUUAGAUUUAUAUUAUGUUAAUUAAUGGCUGUGUUUCAGAAUAAAGAUAUGAGUGCUA